GUCGUUUCGCGCUGUGCGCGCUGCAGGGUGCGCGUGGUGUCUGGAGAACAUCGGUUGGAUGCUCGGCUUGAUGGCGGCGAUCACCCUCGAGGCAGGUCGGAAGGUCAGCCUGUUUUAUCAGCCGGAGCCGCUCCCGGCGCCACCGCCGAAGUGGCACGAGCGGGUCCUCCUCGAGCCCGGCUCGGAGAUGGCGAUGCAGAAGUGCACGGGCGAGUCCCUGUACAAUGGGGGCAUGGUCUGGUGGGUGCUCACCCCGGACGGGGACGUGUACCCGGAGGAGUUGGCGGCGCCGCCACUGGAGGGCAUCGCGUACUACGACGACGCGGAGGUGCCCCAUCUUCAGUUGCAAGUACGUCCGCUUCCUCCUCCAGUGGCGGCCAACGCCCACGGGUUCCGUGCCGACCGCUCAGCUGGACCUCCUACCCCGCUAUUGGUGAUGAGGGCGAUCUCUGACGCAAGGGUGGAGCAACAUGCGCUGGACCCAGAGGCAGGUGCUGUUCGCGAGGGUCCCCCUCCAGCGCCAGCAGCUGGACGUGUCAUCUGGGUGAUCGGGUCCUCGGCCGACGGUGACCCGGAGGCGGAGAAGGAGUACACCCACGUCCCAGGCGACAUCACGAUCGGCCUGGGCGCCUACUGGUUGGUCAAGCGAGGAGCCAAGUGUUUGAUACUGCAGGAGGUAUUGCGUCAAGACACGGGCAUGAUCAAACUGCUCCGAGAUCAGGAGACCGACGCGAGAGUCAUCCCGGUGAAGUGGAGGUCGGCCCAACAGCGUGGCCGCAACUUCCGCGAGGCCGUCUCGCUCCAGGAGUUCCACGACUUCGGCGACUCGCCGUUGCAGGGUGAGGUGAGCCUUCCUUGGCUGCUCACCGAAGUGGCCCAGUCCUCCGAGGGGAUGGUGACGCGCCACCACACAUGGCUGUCAGCCAGCGGCAUCCCGAGCGGCGACCGCAGCAUCCACGAGCAUUUCGUGAUUUCCAAGGUCUUCGAUCUCGCGAUCGAGCUGGAUCAAUUGAACACGAUGACUUUGACUUCCUUUGAGCUGCUAGGGCGGCGCCUGCAGCUCAUCGAGCAGGCCCACGUGUACAACCCCAGCAACCCCGACUACAGCAAUUCGGACGACUUCAUGGGCUGGGGCGUCCAGCGUGGCGCCGCCCUGGUGGCGCCGUCUAUCAAGAGGCGGGCCGGCGACGCAGCACGAGAUCGGGCAGCGGUCCUGAAGGAGGGUCGCAAGCUCGAGGAGGAGAUCCGCCUCCGGGGGGUCAUGACCAGCUCGCAGGACCCAGUCGCUCCCUUGGAGACUCCGGCGGCUGGGUUCAAGUAUGAGAAGGGGUCUCGCCUACCUGUGCAAGUUCCCCGUGACCUCUUCCCUCUUCCUGAGCUCGAGGUCGAACAUCUUCAAGAUCACAGCGUGAGUCGCUCGGUGCAGCGACGAGUUUUGAAGCGGAGUGCUGUGGGCGCCGAGGUCAAUCGUACGAUCAAGGCCCUCAAUGCUCUCGAUGGCCAUUUGACGCCAUCAUCUUCCCCGCCCUCGCUGUGUCAGCGAGAGGCCAUCCAAUUCAUUCGUUCAGUGCACGACGCAGCCGAGCCGCCGCAAGGUGACUACGGCUCCGAGGGAGCCGUCCGCGCGCUCCUCGGGACAGACUCCGCGUACGGUGGCGAGUCGACCUUGGUGCAGUCCUACGACCGGAACCUUCUCAGCAUCCCACACGUGGGGGCGGAGCCCGUCCCCGUCAAGGAGAUGCUGCCGCCGAAGGUUCGCUGUUGUCUCGAGGACCUGAACAACAUUCUGCUCGAUGAUCAAGAGUGGGGCGCCGUGUGUGAACGGGCGGAUCCCAUCGAGCUCUACAUGGAUCCGAAACUUCGCUACUCCAAGAAGGCCUAUUUUCAGUUUGUCCGAGACUGUCACUCGGCCGGCCUUAUCCGCUGGGCGCCUCUGGUACGUGGGAGAGUCACGGUUUUCUGUGUGGCCAAGAAGACGGGCAAGCAGAGGCUCGUGGUGGACUGCCGUGCCACCAACAGGCGCUUCCGGCGGUGCCCUUACUUGCCUAUGGGUACCGGGUCGAGCUGGGGAGAGAUUCUCCUGGAGGACGACGCAGACCUCUGGGUGAGCCUGUCGGACAUCAAGGACUACUUCUACGCCUGCGGCAUCGACGAUGACCUCUCCAGCUACUUUUGCCUCGACGACGUCCCAGGUUGGCUCGUCUCCGAGCUGGAGGGUAACGACAGCCGCUUCAGCCAGUUUUACGGGCGCGACGCCGUUGCGCCCGCCUUCCGAGUGCUCCCCAUGGGAUUCAGCUGGAGCUUCUAUCUGGCACAGAUCGUCCACUCCUCCGUCGUCAAGGGGGUGCUCCCAGACACGGCUGGAUUGGUACUUCAGGAUCGCCGGCCUGGCCCGACGAUCGGCGCCCGCGGCCUCGUCUCUUUGCCUUACUGCGACAACCACGCCACCGGGGCGGGCUCCCCGGAGCUUGCCGACGGCGCCCGCAUCGCAGUGGCUCGCCAGCUCACGGCCGACGGCUUCGCAGUACACGAGGAGGAGGACGCCUCCCUCUGGGCAGAGAGCCUCGGCUUCGCCAUCGACGGCUUGACUGGCGAGGUGGGGCCCACCGCCAAGAGGGCGACCCGCCUGGCCGCCGCGGGCCGAUGGCUUGCGCGCCGCCCCAGGAUCACAGGCGUGAUGCUUGAGCGCUUCCUGGGGCAUUGCGCUUUUCAGCUCAUGGGCGAGCGCUCGCUGCUGAGCAUCUUUGGUGCGUGCUAUCGCUUUGUCAGGGUGCAUUAUAAGCAGAAGGUCCGCUUGUGGCAGUCAGCCGCGCGGGAGUGCGAGUGGCUGUCAGCUCUAGUCCGUUUUGCUCGCACCAACCUGCGUCGGCCGUGGAGCCCCACGGCCCACAUGUUCGACUCGUCGGAGACAGGCCUUGGGAUCGUCCAGGGCGUUUUCGACGAGAAGCUCAUCGCCGGUACUGGCCAGUACAACGAGCGGUGGCGUUUCAAGCAGCCUCAUGCGCUCGCGAGGGGCGUGCGUGCGGGAGCUCUCUGGCACUUCCGAGAUGUGAUCGAAAAUGUUGAAACAGUACUCCCUAUCGCACCGCCGACCCCUCGUCCCUGGAAGAGAAGGCGCGGGUUCCCGGAGGUCCCCACAAAGAUGCUCGAGAAGGACUCCUGGCACACCAUCCUGUCAAAGCCCUGGUUUCGGGACGAGCACAUCACCCUGCUGGAGGCCCGUACUGGGAGAUUGGUUUGCAAGUCUCUUGGGAGGUCUGUUGGGAACCGCAACAAGAAGCACCUCAUCCUCGGGGACUCCAUGGGCUCCAUCCUGGCCUUCUCCAAGGGGCGGCUCCCAGCGCCGCCGGAGGGCGUGUUGUCCGUCGUUACAGUAUCGACGAGCUCAUCGAGAUCGGCCGCGCCGCCGGUGGCAGGCCUGCUUCAGCCGCCGAGGGACCACCCGUCGGCGCAGCGGAGUCGCCGUCUGCGGGAGGACCGUGCCAAGGUUCGGAGGGCGAGACACGCUGUCCCAGCGGGGGGUGUGACUCCCGGGCCGCUCCUGCUCAAGAGGGAUCCUCACCAGCUCAGUAUCUUGGAGCAGGCGUCGGUUCAGCCCCAGCAGGCAGCCACAUACAGGGCGACCUACGCCGAGUUCGCCAAGUGGGCCGCGAACGAGGGCAUCUCCUUGCACUCGGACGAGGACGUGGACGCGGCGGCGGUCGACUACCUGGGCGCGAUCUACCUGCAGGGCUACGAGGCGUCGUCGGGGGACAAGCUCCUCGGGGCCCUCAAGUUCAUGAGGAGCGGAGGCCCUCGCCCUCUAGCCCUGCCGCUGACGCGGAUGAGGAGGGCGCUGAGGGGCUUCCGCAAGGCCGCCCCCGGCGCCUCUCGCUUUGGGCUGCCUUGGGAAUGGACGGCCGCCAUAGCGGGGACCUUGCUGGCCACGAAGCGGCGGGAUGCGGCCCUGUGCUUGCUGACGGCCCACGAUACGUAUUCCCGACCUGGGGAGAUUACAGACCUGCAGGUUGGGGAUGUGGUGCUGCCUACGCCCCGCCUCCGGGGCUACCACCGCCUCUGCCCGGUCAUGCGGCCGGAGGAGAGGGGGCAGCCGCGCAAGACGGGGAGCUUCGACGACACGGUCUCGGUCGAGGACCUGCACGCGCACAUCUCAUCCCACCUGGUGCAGUUGGCGAAGGGGCGGGACCCGAGCGAGAAGCUGUUCCGCCUGUCGAUCAGCCAGUACAAGGAGGCGUUCGAGAACGCCGCCGACCUCGUCGGGCUGGCCGCCGAGCAGCUCUGCACGUACCAGGUGAGGCACGGAGGUGCGUCGAGGGAUGCCAUGCUGAGGAGGCGCGACCUCUCCGAGAUCCAGAAGCGCGGGGGCUGGAAGACGUUCAACUCCGUCAGACGCUACGAAAAGUUUGGGAAGGUGCAGCAGGCGAUGAACCGCACACCGUCGGACACUCUGACCUACAGCCGCCUCGCCGUGCAGUACCUCGACGAGUGGCUCCAUGG